AUGAACCUGCGUAGACUGUCGUUGAGAAUGGCCGACGAAAUUAGCAGGUCCGCCCAACGAGAAACCUCCGCUGCUUCUUCUACUGCUGCUGUUGCUGCAGAAAAUGCAAAAUUAAAAUCAAAAUCCAUCUGGCCUUCUGUCCUCCGUUGGAUCCCCACCUCCACCGAUAAGAUCAUUGCCGCCGAGAAGCGCCUCCUCUCUCUUGUCAAGACCCCUUACGUUCAAGAACGGGUGAAUAUCGGAUCUGGACCGCCUGGCUCCAAAGUGAGGUGGUUUCGAUCUGAAAGCAAUGAAGAAAGGUGUAUCAACACGGUUUCAUUUGACAGCAAAGAGGGUUCUCCUACUCUUGUGAUGAUUCACGGAUAUGGUGCUUCUCAAGGUUUCUUCUUUAGAAAUUUUGAUGCCCUUGCCAGUCGGUUCAGGGUCAUUGCCAUUGAUCAACUUGGUUGGGGCGGUUCAAGCAGGCCUGAUUUUACAUGCAAAAGCACUGAAGAAACUGAGGCAUGGUUCAUUGAUUCUUUUGAAGAAUGGCGAAAAGCCAAGAACCUCAGCAACUUUAUAUUACUUGGGCAUUCAUUUGGUGGGUAUGUUGCAUCUAAGUAUGCUUUGAAGCAUCCCGAGCACAUUCAGCAUUUGAUUUUAGUGGGGCCCGCUGGGUUUUCAUCCGAGUCAGACACAAAAUCUCAGUGGGUUACCCAGUUCAAAGCAACAUGGAAAGGAGCAAUUUUCAACCAUUUGUGGGAGUCUAAUUUUACUCCUCAGAAGUUAGUCAGAGGGUUAGGGCCCUUGGGUCCAAAUCUUGUUCGGAGUUACACCAGUACUAGAUUCGGUUCUUAUUCAACAGGGACCACGCUUACUGAAGAGGAAUCCGGACUGUUAACAGAUUAUGUAUACCAUACUUUAGCAGCCAAAGCUAGUGGGGAGCUGUGCUUAAAGUAUAUAUUUUCUUUUGGAGCGUUUGCUAGGAGUCCCCUUAUUCACAGUGCACCAGAGUGGAAAGUGCCAACUACUUUCAUUUAUGGCUAUCUAGACUGGAUGAACUACCAAGGGGCUCAAGAAGCUGGCAAGCAUAUGAAGGUUCCGUGUGAGAUAAUUAGGGUUCCUGAGGCUGGGCACUUUGUAUUCAUAGACCAACCGGAUCGUUUCCAUUCAGCUGUUUUGUACGCUUGCCGAAGAUUUCUUUCUCCUGACCCUGACGUUGAAUCGUUACCUGAAGGUUUGUCAUCUGCCUGA